UCCCUCCUCCUCCGCUCCUCGUCCACCAUGGACCAGGCCCACGCCCCCUUCGUGGGCCCCACCCGGCAGUCACCCACCCCUACCCACGCGGCCCACCGUGGACGCGGCCCACGAACGCGAACCCGACCUCCCAUCUCUUCCUCCUCCUCUCCUCGAUUCCUCUCCCUCCCAAUCCACCUCCUCCUCCUCGCCGCCGCUCGCCGCCGCAAUCCGCUCGCCGGAGGCGGACUCGCCGGCGUCGGACGCUGCCUGCGCCGAGGGCGCUGCUGCAUUUGUUUGCCUGUGGCUCGGGGGAAGAGCGAGCGGCCGUGUGGGCUUGCUCUGCUCGAGGGCCGCGUUCGCGUGGUUUCUCUCCUCGUGUGGGUUGCUAGAUUAAGGUGGCCUUUUUGCUAUCACAAUUUAUCAAUAUCCGGGUUACAAUGGAAUGAGUGUGCGAGUUUGGUUGCCGGGAAGCAUUGUUGACGAAUCAGAUGGGUACUAAUGAUCCUGGCACGCCGUCCAAGGCAACAAAGGCAUCAGAACCGGAGCAGUCUCCAGCCACUACAUCUGGCACUACAGCUCCAGUUUACCCUGAAUGGCCUGGUUUUCAGGCCUACUCGGCAAUUCCACCGCAUGGGUUCUUUCCACCUCCUGUUGCUGCAAGUCCCCAGGCUCAUCCCUACAUGUGGGGAGCUCAGCCCAUGGUGCCACCUUACGGGACACCACCACCUUAUAUGAUGUAUCCUCCAGGAACUGUAUAUGCACAUCCCUCUACUCCUGGUGUGCAUCCAUUUAAUCACUACCCUAUGCUGGCAAAUGGAAAUGUUGAAACUGCUGGAACUGCACCAGGUGCUUCAGAAAUUAACGGGAAAAAUGAGCUUGGCAGAACAUCUGGUCCAUCUGCCAACGGGAUUACCUCCCACAGUGAGAGUGGAAGUGAGAGUGAAAGUGAAGGAAGUGAUGCCAACUCUCAAAAUGAUUCACAUUCAAAGGAAAAUGAUGUAAAGGAAGAUGGUAGUUCUCAGAAUGGCAUAUCACAUACAGCAUUAAAUCAGAACAUGUCGAUGGCUCCAACUCAAACGGGUGUAGUAAUCGGGGGAGUUGCUCCCACAACAAACUUGAACAUAGGAAUGGACUACUGGGGUGCUGCUGGUUCUUCGCCUGUUCCUGCAAUGCAUGGCAAAGCAUCGUCUGGUUCAGUUCGAGGAGAGCAAUGGGAUGAAAGAGAGCUCAAGAAGCAGAAAAGGAAGCAGUCUAAUCGGGAAUCAGCACGUAGAUCCCGGCUGCGCAAGCAGGCUGAGUGUGAAGAGCUUUCUGUACGCGCUGACAAUUUAAGGGCAGAAAACUCCUCUCUUAGGGCUGAGCUUGAACGGAUCAAAAAGGAGUACGAGGCACUUCUUUCACACAAUGCUUCACUCAAGGAAAAACUAGAGGGGAACAGUGAUUCAAUACCUUAUAUGAAUGAACAGAACGACACCAAUGGCACCCACCAGAAGCAACAGGAUUCUGAUGCUCAGCCUAAUGAUGCGCCUUGAGAGUUAUCAUCACGUGUAGUAGCAUCUAAUUGUUUAGCUCAUGAUUCUAGUAGGACAUCACCAUUUGUGUUAGAUGAAUUUACUAAGCAUCUUUCUGUGCCAAUUCGAUCAGAAUCUGACAUGGCAAAUUGUCGAGACCAAACUGUCUCUUACCUCUAUUCCAGUUGCUUGCAGCUCCAUUGAUAA